UUUCUCUCUCUCGUUUUCUCUCUCUCUCUAUCUAUAUAUCAUAUCCUCCCUCAUGUCAUAUCAUGCAUUGCAAGUAGCACCCUAAGCCUUUUAACCCCUUCACCUCACAACAUUUGUUUUGCUACGCCAGCUCAUUCAUUAUUUUCAUUCAACCCCAUCACCAACCCUUCUCUCUCCCUUUCUCUCUCUUUCUCUCUCUCUAAAACAUUUCAACGUUUCUGUGUCAGAUCUCUAGGAACAACGUGGUGUUGGGUCUUCCUCGCCAUCUCGUGCCAAAAAGCCCGUUAUUGGAGCUUAUUCUUUGCACUUUUUUUCUACUCUCUCGAAUUUUCUUCGCCGCAUCUCUAUCUAUACCCUUAUACCCUUGAUAUUCGAUUUUACACCCACAUCGUUUUCUCGCCAAAAACAGAGUCUUUUCUGGAGAAAAUGGCGAAUGGAUUAGAGAGAGAAAGUGGGUUGACAAUGUUCAGCGAUGAAGAGCUGAGCGAAGUGAGUGGGGUGAAGCGUGUUGGGGACUAUGUUGAAGUCACGUGUGGGUGUACCAGCCAUAGAUAUGGUGAUGCUGUUGGAAGACUUAGGGUUUUCGUUAAUGGGUACCUUGAAAUCACUUGUGAAUGCACCCCUGGGUGCCAGGAAGGUCUCUCUCUUCUUUCUCUCUCUAUCACUAUCUCUAUGAAGAUGAUGACUUUUUCUUUUGUUUAUGUGCAUGUUGAUAUUGUGUGUUGUCUAUUGUUAGACAAGUUGACUCCUUCAGCAUUUGAGAAACACUCUGGAAGAGAGACAGCCAGGAAAUGGAAAAAUAAUGUCUGGGUAAUAGUUAACGGUGAGAAGGUUCCAUUGUUUAAAACAGUGCUGCUCAAAUACUACAAUCAAGUGUCAAGAGCGGCAAAUGGCUCCCAUAGAUCCCAAAAUGGCCGGGCUUGUCACCGUGAUGAGUUUGUUCGCUGUACUAGGUGCGACAAAGAGCGUAGGUUUCGUUUGAGGACUAAAGAGGAAUGCCGCAUUCACCAUGAUGCUUUGGCAGAUGCAAAUUGGAAAUGUUCUGAUCUUUCAUAUGACAAAAUUACAUGUGAUGAUGAAGAAGAACGAGCAAGUCGUAGAGUUUACAGGGGAUGCACACGUUCUCCAACAUGCAAAGGUUGCACUUCUUGUGUGUGCUUUGGGUGUGAUACAUGCCGUUUUUCAGAUUGCAGCUGCCAGACUUGCACUGACUUUACAAACAAUGCCAAAGCUUAACUCUUUCUUAUAUAUUGUGUUAUUUUCUCAUAUGGGCUAUUUAUGCCUACAAGAAUGUUUCAUUUCCUAAUUGGACAU